UUUUAUUUUAUUUUUUUUACACGUUAUCUUUUAAUGCUGUAAGGAACCAGUACCGUCGAGGAGCAUGUUGCUAUUCAUGCUAGCUGUGCCAUACUUGGAAAUGAGAAAAGUUUUCUCACAAGUUGAUGAGUGCAUUAGCAGUAAAUAGAUAGUGGAGGGGGAAAAAAAAGCAACAGUCAAAUGACAUUUCUUAUUGAACUCUUAACACUUUGAUUGAUAAAGAAGCGAAAUUUAUCAUUUUAAAUCCGUUUUGUAAGAAACGUAUGCCUGCUCAGUGGUCAUUAAGGCUUGACCAUGUGAUCAACUAGUGCAUUUCUUCCUUUGUCAGGUUUUAGUAUGAGUUAAGCAGUGCAGUUCCAACUUCAAAUCCGCGUUGGAGGAGCCUGAUGGUGAAGAGCUGCUAAAGCAGGCAGGCAAAAGCCAGCAGGGCAGCCUCGGAGGAAUGGGCAAGGCUGGACAUGAGAGUCCAAGUUCAUAAAAGCUCCGACCAGGUAAAGCCGGCACCAGCCGAGAUGUCGGAGAAUGGCCGCGCACGGAGGAAACGCGUGCCCAAGUUAUGCGACUGCUGUGGACCGAACACCAAACCUCACACGCUGGGUCAUGGGCCGGUCACGAAGAAACGCGGCCGCAGGAAGAAAGAGGUGGCGAAUGAAGUGGAGGUGACGACCGAAAACCAUUUAAAUUCUGCAUUUGUGGACCUAGCAUCAACACCAGACACCACGGACACCAUGACUGUGUGCGAAAUGCAACAAGUAACUCUUCCUGAAGCAGACCCAACACUGAGCGGGGAACGGAUUAUUCCUUCGGCUCUGCACAACGGCACUGCGGCCAGUCCAGAAACUAACAGCGAAAGCAACGAUGCUGAUUGCACGCCUCUCAGUGACUCACAAGAGCCCAGUUCUGUCACGCACAGUACAACUCUAGCCAGUUUGGAUGCACACUGUGAUCCUACACCACCUCUAGACUGCAUGCAUGGCAUUCCAACCUCACACGUUGACUGUACGGAUAAAUUCGUAGGUCCUGCUGCAGACAGCGGCAUCACGACGUCAGAUCAGCUCACAGACACUGAUGCCAUGGAAAUUGACCAUGCUGUGUACGCGGUUUUUCUGAACACAAAGGCUUUAAGGGACCACCGUUACUGCAAACGGCCUCACAUCGAUGCAGAAGAAGAGCGAGCGAAUAUCUUUCGGCCACCUUCGGCUGAAAUCCAGCAGGAAGACAUUGUAGAACUCCUUCAUGAAUACCUCGAGCUUUUCUAUGGGAAGUAUGGGAGCUUCAUUCCACUGAGCGAGGAGGACAUUCUCGAUUACCUGAACAAACACUUGAACGCUGACUUUAAUGACAGAAGGAAAAUGAUAAACAAAGAAGUGGUGAAGUAUAAGGCCGGCUUGGCCUGCGCGUCGAUGCAUUUCUUCAAAGUGACCUACAACAAGCACAUCCUGGCACUCGAAGACCUUUCAACACUUGAAGACCAAAACUGGGUCAAUGAUCAGGUCAUAAACAUGUAUGGUGAAUUGAUCAUGGAUGCAACAAACCAUAAGGUCCAUUUCUUCAACAGCUUCUUUUACAAACAGCUUGUAGCAAAAGGCUAUGAAGGAGUGAAGCGGUGGACGAAAAAGGUGGAUGUGUUUUCAAAAAGAUUGCUGCUGAUUCCCCUCCACUUGGAGAUCCACUGGUCCCUGAUUACCGUGGACGUCCCCAAGCAAAACAUAAACUUCUAUGAUUCCCAAGGAAUAUUGUUCAAGUUUGCUGUUGAAAACAUUUUGAAAUACAUCAUAGCAGAGGCAAAAGAAAAGAAGCACGCUGCUCUCCAAAAAGGCUGGAAGAUGACCGUCAGCAAGGGUAUUCCACAACAGAAGAAUGAUAAUGACUGUGGCGUUUUUGUUCUUGAGUACUGCAAGUGCCUGGCCUUUAAAGAACCAUUGCAGUUCACACAAGAGGACAUGCCUAAAGUACGCAAAAGAAUAUAUAAGGAACUCUGUGACUGCAAGCUCACUGACUUACAAAAACAGGUCUAAGUUUAAUGUUGUUCACUCAUGUGCUGGUCAGUGGAUUUUUUUUUUUUUUUUGGGGGGGUGUCUCAGUGGAAGAGGACCUGCACCUCACGGUCGUAAGUCUGGAGAGAAUUCGUUGUUCUGGACAAGAAACUGACUCGAGAUGCCAAAACGUCAGCCUUCUGAGCACGGUCAGUUCUACAUCGUCCACUGACAGGGUUGGCUAUCGAAAGGCUACUUUAUCACGUGUGGCAACAUCAGAAAACAAAGGAGUCUUCUUUUUUGUACAUUUUUGUCCUAUGCCUUUGCAGCUUGUUAAAUCUUUUACCCAUAUCCCAAACUAUGUGGUUCUAUCAGGUUCCUUUUCCACAAACAUGCAGUGUGAGAGAGACACAGCAUGUAACUUGAAUUACCUGCAUUUUAUAUUCUUGAUGCUGUGCAAGCAGAAUUUGAACAAAAGGCAAGCUUUUAAAUGAAUGUACAGUUAAAAUGAACAAACCUUUUUUUUUGUAACUUCCCCAUAGAACUUGACAUCUUUAAAGAAAACAACUCGGACUGACCAUGCUCUCUAAAUGGGCCUUUUUUUUUUUUUUUUAAAUCUUUCAUACUCUGUUAGAAGCACUCUAGACACUUUCUUUAACGUGCUUUUUUUUUUUUUUUGGUCAUCUGACAGUUCCCAUAUCAUGUAUCUAUAAGUUCUGUUUCGACUUCCAGAAGGUGUUUUAUAUUCAUGGUAAACAUGGUUACGAAAGAAUUAUUUACCCAUGUGGGACAAGUUUAAUUGUGGUUUGACUACUACGCAAGUUAAAACCAUGCAUGUACUUCAACCAGACAGGAAAGCUUGUAUUCAUGAAGGAUGGUGUAUACACAGUGACAAGAACUACUUUAAAUGAUGGCCUGACCGUUAAAAAAAAAAAAAAAAGCUUUACUGUGUACAGAGUUGGCACAGUAUGGUACAGAUGUAUUUCCAGCACAGUUCUCAUCCGUUUGACAACCAGAAUGACCAAAAUUUGAGUUAAUACGGUUAGACAUCAAUUUGUUGGGAUACUGUAAUUUUAGUUACUUGAAGUGUAACUACAAAAUUUGACCUCAGUGAAAUGCUUCUGUUUCCUUCUGUUUGACUACUAUUUGUCAUUAUUUAAACAACCAUAUAAAAGCAUUAUUGUUAACAUUCUAUGCGUCUUAACACUUAAUUGAAAUAAGUGCAGGAUUAUUCCGGUCCUUAAUUUCAUACAUUAGUGACCAAAAGGUUUGACACCAAGAUUGAGCACUUUCCUCAAAUUAUACACAGACAAUAAAGGAAAAGGAAAAGACCUUGUUUAUUAGAAAAAAAAAAAAAAGGCAAGCCCCAUAUACCACAGUCAGUUUGCAGGGAUGGUCAUUUCUUCUGUGCAACCUCUGAAUGUCGUUUGUGUAUAUACGUUUUAAAAAAAAACUAUUUUUCCUCCGCUUAAUUUCCAAAUGUCCCUGUUAAUUACUAAUGACUAAAAUUUUUGUUGUCCGUCUGGGCCCCUUUGGAGCUGAGCUAACUUGCCGUAUCCACCUCGUGCAGGGUCGUAAUCCUGUCUAUAUUCAUCUCGUACCUGCAGAGACAAGAAACACCAAACUGAAAGCACUGCCAAAAACAAGACUUGCAAGUGACAAUUUGUAUUAAUGUCAAAAAUAAGAAGGUAUAUGCUCACUGUCCACGUUAUUAGGGACACUUAAUACACAGUCAAGAGCUUCAGUUAAUUUUCACUUCAAAUGUAAGACUUCAGACAGUAAAAAGAGUCUAGUCUUACACAGGAUGGCGCCGAAAACAAAUCCUAUGACUGGUGGUUCUGAAGCCUCUUGUUGAGAGGGGUAAAAGGAGAAUAGCCAUAUUAAUUUGAGCUGACAGGAAGUCUACAGUAAUUUAAAUUUUUACAGCAGUGAUGAAGUAUCUCAGAACACACAAAACUUGGAAUGUUGAGGCAGAUGGGCUACGACAGUGAAGACCACAUUGGGUUCCAGUCCCAUCAGCUAAGAAAAGGAAUGAGGAUACAAAAGGCACAGGACAAGUCUCUGCGCUUGCGUUUUUUUUUUUAAAACACCCAGGAAAGCCAUUGUCUAAUGGUUAGAGAAGCAGCUUUGGGACCGAAAGAUCACCGGUUCAAGUCCCUGGACCAGCAGGAAUGGCUGAAGUGCCCUUGAGCGAGGUACCUGCUCCCCAGGCUGUUCUGGGUACAUCGUUCUGGAUAAGAGCAUCUGCUAAAUGCCACUAAUGUGAUGUAACCUUCAGCUGUCCAGUUUUGGGUGAGCCUGUGCCCACUGAAGCUCUUGAUCUGCAUCUUCAUGCGUUUUUGCACUGCAGUGCUGGGACAUGAUUGGCUAAUUUAAAUGAGUGCAUGAACAGGGAGUUUGAGGUGUUCCCAAUAAAGUGGGCAGUGAGUGUGGAGUCAUCAUAUCCUUACCUGACCACCUGAUUUGCCCCGACCGUACUGCCGCCCCUCUUUAAAACCAGCGUCCCAGUCUGUUCUAAUGAUUCUAUCGUCCAGUCUGGUUCCAUUAAUAAAUCUCAUCGCGUGCUCAGCGUCGGCUCGUGUGUAAUACCUGACAGGUGCGUUAAGGAUAAUGCAAUUCAACUUUAGCAUUUUUUAAAAAAUUAAAAAUAUACAAGUUCUACCCAGGUGUGAAGUUGUAACUAAAUGCAUUUUGGCCAGCCAAGGUGUAGAAAACACACCACCACAUGAACAUAUGAAGCAGUGUACCAAGAGUAGACAAAUACUUAAGUGAUUUCA